AUGUGACAGAACAAAGCAACUGCUUUUCGCGCGGAGCAACAUUCUAUUCACGGAUUUAAUAUUUGGUUAAAUUCUAUCAACAAAGAGUAUUUGGGAAUAGUGUAAAAUCAACACCGUAAUUUGCCGGUAUAACCAAAGAUACCCAUACUGUUGCACAAAAUCGUGAAAUUCAAUUAAAUAAAAUGCAAAGUCCGUUGAUGUCACCGAUACCAGUUUCAACAGCAUGUCCGCAAUCAACACCGCGGCCAGUGAACACAGUCGAAAUGGAGUGUAAGCGAAUAUGUGUGGUUCGUUGCUUGCGCGCUGUCACCUGCAAUGUGUUGAUGCAGCUUUUGUUGUUGUCGCUAUUUUUGCUGUUCGUAAAUUUUAGCAUUUGGCAUCCAAUCGAUUGGUUGGUGCAAACCUUCCGAGUAAUUAUAUCCAUUUAUACCUGGCUGUACAUCACCCCAUUGAUCAGUGUUGUUAUUGUGUACGGCAUUUUCUUGGGAAAAUCAUAUUUGAACGAGAAACGCAUGUACCGCAAUCGUUUCAUGAUUAUUUACAAAACAACAUUGCCAAAGUGUCUAUUUUUCACGCUGCAUUUUCUCAUCGGAAUACUCACAACAUGGUUGUAUUCACGAUUUUUGUCCGACGAUUAUCAGACGCUAUUUUUGGACCGUUCCGAAUGUACAACCGACGAUUACAAAUUGACAUCCAGUCAGGUAUGCGUCAAUGAAAAAUAUGUGCUGAUUUCAUUGUGCGGAUCACUGGUGGCGAUAUGGUAUUGCUGGAAAAAGGAUCCAUCGAAUGAAUCGUGCGAAUUUCCAAUCAUUCAUCAAAGUAAAUAUCUGCGUGCUCGUGCUUUUUUUUAUUCGGUGCUUUGGACGACAUUGAUUCAAGUUUUCGUUCCGGUCAUUUUGUCGCACGUUUUCUACAGUUUAAUUGGACGCUUUCCAUUCCAAUGGUUUCUGCGACGAUUGCUUCGCAUUGAAUUCGUACUCAACGGCAAUGUACAUGUGUACGACAUUAAAUUGAUGGCCAUAACAUGGAUUUUAUCAACGAAUAUUUUAAGCAAUUUACAUUUGAUGGCAUUUUUAUUUCAAGUAUUUUUGACACAGCCAAAACUAUUCCCCAUCGAAGUUGGCACGCUAAAUGAUGGCAAUGCGGUAUUCAACAAACAAGAAAGCAACGACGUGACUCUUGUUCAAGCACUAGCCAACACUAAAGUGCCAAUCGUACGACAAUUGGCCGCAUUGGAUUUGUACAAACUAUCCGAAUAUGGUGAUUUAUAUAAACGACGACAACAGAUAUUUGCGCUAUCAUUGCCCGGCGGUCAUCCGUACAAUUGGAAUGCAUUAAGUGCACAAUGUUUGAGUUUAAUCAAUUCAUUCAACGCUGAGCUGCGUACCGCGAUAAGAAAUUUGAAAAAUGGCCCACAAAUUAAAUUGAAUAAUAAUGCAUUGCCAGCACAAGUGAAACACAUGCCAUUUUCAUCGAAUUUUCAACCACAACCAGAACCGGAGUUUCGUUCAUCGACACCAACACCAACAUCAGCCACCGAAAUGGCCGAAAAAAUCCGAAAUCGUCAGUACAACGAAAGUUGUGGCAUUCGUAACAUGUUAACACCAAUGACACCAACUGAAAACGAACAUUUACUAUCACCAAUCCGUCCAAUUUCGGAUCCAUGUGCACGCUUUAGCCAAACAAUGGGCAUUUUACAGGAGAAAAUGCAAAGUUUUAAAGCAACAAUUUUCAAUUUGCCGGGCAUUCGAUUUCUAUUUGGUGAAAAUGAAAUGGCACAGCUACAGGCUAUCGUAACCAUUUCAAGAGCCGAUGAAAUUGGCUGGAUCGUUCAAGGCUUAUCAUCGAUUGCCGUUCAUUCGUUGCACGAAGACCGAUACGGUGUGGUACAAAUGAAUUUACCCGAAAUCAUUACGACGUUACUACAAUUACGUGAGAGCAUCAAUCAAUUGCCACCGAGCCUGUUCAACGUUAAUAAUGUGUCACCGUAUUUGCGAAGCUUUCAGUCAAAACCAACCGGUGCCAUUUUUCUACGUAAUGCAGUCAAACGCAGUCUGUACAAUUUAUGCAUCACAUUCAAUGAAUAUUUACCCGAAUUGGUCACGAGCACAAGCGAUUUGCGCAUCCUUAAAAAUUACAUCGACUUUUUAGAGGCUUGAAUUGUGUAUUUUUCUUCUUUCAUUUAUUGUAAUAAUUAUUAUUAAGACUUAAGUUAUGCUAAUCAGGUUGAAUUUAUCAAUUAAAACAUUAAUCCAAAUAAAGACAUUUUUAUGAGCUGAAA